AUGUCACGACACAGACUUGUUCGCAACUAUGACUAUGAGGAGGACAUGGACGAGUAUGACGGCGGCGAGUACGACGAGGGUGCAGACGAUGACGGUUUCUAUGAUGGAACGGAGGAGCCUGCGGCAGAGUACACCGAAGAGGAGGAGCGGGCGUUCCUGGAGCAGGCAAAACAGAACGUCGUGGCCAUGCUGGGCGCCGAGAAUGCGGCGAAACUGGCAACCGGGAAAGUCGAAGAGGCCAUAUUAUACUACGAUUACGACGAGAGCAAGGCCAUGGCCUACCUGAUGCGCACGUACAUCGACCCACCAAAACCGGCAGAGAAAAAGCCCAAGGCGACACCCCAACAAUCUCCAGGAUGCCAAUCAUGCCCCGGCCCCCUCUAUCCUCUGCCGCCCACGACAACACCUCGCGCACCGCCCGACAGUGCCUUUCUCGCCGCCUUUUUUAGUGACAUGCCUUGGCUGAAUGUGCCGCAGCCGCGCAUGGCCGUGCUUGUACCGCCACCACAGCGCCGAGGCGGGCUCCUGGGCGGAUCCAGCACUGCCGCCGCGCCCAAGAUGUCCAAGCUGCAGGCCCUCGCGGCACAGCGCAAGAGAAAGGCCGAGGAAGCGAAAAGGUCGAAAGAGGCCGGUGGCGGCGGAUCCCCGGGCGGUGAGAAGGCGGACGAGGACGUGCGCGAGCUCCGGAACAAGGCGGCAAAGCUGGCCAUCGACGGUCCGGCGCACGGAUCGCCGAGAGACACAGCGAGCAUGGUCAGCAAGGCAGCACAAACAAGCCCACCGAGCAAGAAAACCUCUCCACCGCCAGCACCAGAAGAGCCUCUUGCCAUGCAGGAUAUUCGCCAGGAGGAGCCGACACCGGUGAACAGCGAAAGCGAGCCUGCCCUCGUCGCCCAGCCGUCUGCAUUUGCUCAGGCUCUGUUCGGCGCAAAGAAACAAAAUCAAAAGCAGAGGGCGCAUCCGUCUCAAGGCGAACCAAAUCUCCUGGCUGUGCCCUCGCUGUCUCGUGCUCCGCCGUCUGCUUUUGACGCUUUUCUAGGACCCUCGCCCGACGAUGUCGUGUUGGAAGCACAGGCCAAAGCUUUCAAAAACACCAACAAAAACGCUACAACGAAACCCGCAACAAAGAGCGCGCCAAAACAGCCGGAGGCGCUCGUGGAGGGCGUCAAGAACAUGAAGCUCGAUUUCGCACCCACAAAAAAGAGCAAGAAGCUCAACGUGUUGGAGGAGCUCAGAAAAGCCAACCUGAAACGCAGCACCAGCUUUGUUGUUGUUGGCCACGUGGAUGCCGGCAAGAGCACAAUGAUGGCCCGCCUGCUGCUCGACCUCGAGUACGUUGAGAAGCGGACCGUAAGCAAGUAUGAAAAGGAAGCCAAAGUCAUCGGCAAGUCGUCCUUUGCGCUCGCAUGGGUGCUCGACGACCACGAAGACGAGCGGAAACAUGGUGUGACCAUCAACGUGGCAGCGCGGCACUUUGACACGGACAAGACCGCAUUUACGAUCCUCGAUGCACCGGGCCACCGCGACUUCGUGCCAAACAUGAUUGCAGGCGCCUCGCGCGCCGACUUUGCCGUUCUGGUCGUCGACGCGAAGACGGGGGCGUUCGAGUCCGGCCUUCGCGGGCAAACACACCAGCACGCACUGAUUCUACGCAGCAUGGCCGUGAUGCGCGUCGUGGUGGCUGUCAACAAGCUCGACACGGUCGACUGGUCGCAGGAGCGUUACAACCAGAUUGUGGACCAGACCAAGGGCUUCCUGCGCGCCACGGGCUUCUACAUGUCGCAAGUCACAUUCGUUCCCGUCGCGGGCAAGACCGGCGACAACAUGACGACGCGGACCAAGACACCGGCGGCAUCGUGGUACAAGGGCAACUCGCUGAUUGAGGAGCUGGAGUCGUGCGCGCCCCUGCCCCGGCCCGUCGACAAGCCGCUCCGGCUGCCCAUCUUUGAUACCUCCAAGGCCGCCGGUAGUGCCGUCACUGUCACUGGGCUGAUCGAGGCCGGGUCGCUGCAAGUAGGCGAUGCACUGCUUGCUCUGCCCGGCAAUGCGCGGGCGUACAUCAAGAGCAUAUUGCGCAACGGCCAGGCGGCUGAAUGGGCCGUUGCGGGCCAGAACGUCGCACUCGACCUGACAAACAUUGACCCGCUGAACGUGCGGCCCGGCGUGCUACUGUGCGACCCGGCCAAUCCGGCGCCGUGCAUCGAUGCGGCGACCAUGAAGGUCAUGGCAUUUGAGCCGCUGAUCCCACAGCCCCUGGAGGUGCACCGUGGCCGCCUUGACAAGGCCGGCAAGAUCAAGGAGCUUCUGUCAAUCAUCGACCUGAAGACGGGCAACGUCCUGAGGGAAAACCCGUUCGUGGUCACGGCAUGCCGUGUCGCACGCAUCAAGGUCGAGCUGGAAAAGAGAAUACCUCUCGAGUCAGGCCAGCGGGUCGUUCUGCGCUCCGAAGGCAAGAUUAUUGGUGCUGGUCUUUUGGAGUAA